ACGAAGUAGUUUCGAAAAUUCUUUGAUUUAUCCUUACGUUGCCAUUCAUGAAUUCCAAAUAUUGAAAAAUCGAUCUUUAUUAAUCGAGGUUGUAGUGGAGAAAAUAUCCCGAUCACUUAUUGGGCUAGAUGCAAGUAUCCCAUUCUGCGAGAUUUUAUCGCAAUAUAAUAGUAAUUGUGUAGUCAAUCAG